AUGGCCAUAUCUCACGCCAAGCCUUUGCUUCUUCUCCUUGUGUCACUCUUUUUCUUACCUGCUUUGAGCAGCCCCAGAUUCGAAAAUUGCUUUCCUGAUCGUCAGUAUCCCAUUGAGGUCAAGACUGUGGUGGUCUCCCCAUACCCGGUUCAGCGUAAAUCUAAUGGAAACAUUACGAUAACCGGUUAUACAAGCAAAGUCAUCCCUGAUGGAAUAACUGUAACUCUCCGCCUUACCUCAGUACUGCCUUAUUACUCUAGAAGACAUUUCCACCUCUGUAAUAUAACGUCAUGCCCUGUUGCACCUGGCCCCAUUGUGCUUAAAUUUCCGCCCAUAUUCACUGUUCAAGAAUUAAGAAGAGCUAUCCGCGAGGUGGUCCUCCGUCUUCGUGGUUUGGGGAUCUUAGUGGAGGUAGAGUGUGGCAUUUCGGCUCCUCCUUCAGAUGUGGUGCUCUGGUCUUUGCUCUGGGAGGUCGUGGCUGAAGUUUCCGUCAGAUCUGAACGGUGUGGUGGUUCGGAGGCUUUGAGGACGAGUUUCCGCCGUCGAUUUGUUCAAGGAGGUGGGGUUUUCGGCUGCUUUGAUCUCGUCAGGGCAGCGACGGCGUGGUCUCCGGUGUACCGGAGAGUGGCUCAUUCCGUCGUCUCUCUCGUUCCUUUCUCGCCGGCGGCUGUUGUUGGGCGGUGGUCGACAGUGGUGGGAUCUCACAGUGACGACUGUGGUUUCUCUGCUCAGAUUUGGCCUUCCGUGUGGCUCUUUCAGCUUCUGCUGGUUCCUUUUGCUUCUCGGGUUCGUAGAUUGGCUCAAGCUCUGAUAGGGGAUGACUCCGUUAAAGCUUAA